AUGUAUCUUCUGCUAGUGUUACCAGAGGUAUUGGAAAAGAAUGUAGUGAAGCAGCUGAAGGUACACAUAAAAUCCGAAAGCCUUUUACCAACUGUGUAUGUAGCAUGCAAUGCUUUUCCCUCCACUGCAGGGUCCGUCAGUUUCUGCGACCAGUUCAUACCAAGGGAGGAGUUCUACAUCCACUCCCCAGCAUACCCCAACAACUAUCCUGCCAACCUCACCUGCCGGUACCAGAUCUACCGUCGGCACCCGGACUACUGCGGCGUCGCCUUCACCGUCCUAAGACUCGACCUGGCCCAGCCGCAUCCUGCUGUACUUGCGCAGGAUGACAGCGGGAUAAACAGCGUGGACGAAGGGCGGGGGCGACAGAACAGGACCUGCGGAGGAGGGGACGUGUUGCUCAUCGAAGACGUUGUGCACUGCGGGAGGUAUCAGCGAGGCAAGACAGCGACCUUUUCCUUCCCGGGAACUCUCCUGACGGUGGAGUUCCGCAGCGGCAACAACCACGGCGCUUCGGGGUUCCUGCUUCUGGGCCGCCAGGUCAAGACUUGCCGCACCCCGCGCACGCUGGGCUCUCCUCUCACGUCCUCUGUCCAGUGCGACAGGCUGAUCAACAGUCCGACGUUCAGCCUGACGUCGCCCGAGUACCCGGCGCCGUACAGGCACAACGCCGAGUGCCACUACGCCGUGCGCCGCGUCGGGCCUGACGUGUGCGGCCUCCAGCUCACCGUGAAGGCCUUCGACCUGGAAGAGAGCGGCUGCAUGUUCGACUACGUGGAGGUGCAAGGCCAGCGGCUCUGUGGCAGCCUAGAGCAGGGAUUCUCGCGAUACUUCAGGUUCGAGGGGAAUGAGCUCGACAUCAGAUUCCGGACGGACGAGUCGACCAGGCGCCAGGGCUUCUCCAUCGCGGGCCAGCAGGUGCAGUGCCGCCAGGCCAGGCCCAUCCAAGCGCCGCUCAGCCAGGCGCGGCCCUUGAAGGCGGACGACGCUCAGCUGGGCGUCGAGGCGCGCGCGCCGGACCCUCCGGAAACAACCCUGGGGCCCUUCCCUCCUCCGUCCUCCAGCCCAGCACAGAGUCCACCUACAGCGCCUCCUGUUUUGUCUUCCCCCGCGCCUCCGACAACACGCCAGACGACGACAUCUACGACGACAGCGACGGCAACAUCAGCGCCAACGACGGCGACGGCAACGGCAGCGACGACUGCAACCGCAGCAACGACCAGCAGGCGACCAUAUGUCACGCCCCUGUGGAUCCGACCCGUCACCAGCGCCAACCAAACAGAAAUAGACAUCAGCUACAUCCUCGAUGCCAUUGGGCGCCUUCCCGUCAGCACCCGGCCUCCUUUGGGCCGGGAUUCAACCGAAGGACUUUUGGAGGAUGCCAAGGACGAGGAGAAUUUCACCGAACUGGAACCGGGCCUCAUCAGCACGACCACAAUAGAGGCCGAGACAACCAACUCAGAACAGAACGUGCCCGGAGACCCGGAUUUCAACCCCUUCACCACCAGCGGGUUGCCUCCGACGAUACCAACGACAAUACCCGGCCUCACACCAACUGAUCCGACGACGACCGAUUAUCCGACGACCUUCACCAACACUUUCCCAACGACUUUUAGCAACACUUUCCCGACGACGGAGACUGAAUUCCCAACCACCACCCUCGCGGGGACGGACUGCGACCAGUUCUUCGUGGACGCCAGCUUCUCCAUCUCGAGCCCGGGGUACCCAGGCCCUUACCCGAACUCCGUCGACUGCGCCUACGUGGUUGGCAGGGCAUCCCUCGACGUGUGUGCGAUCCAGGUGCAGUUCACGGACGUGCAGGUGGGCGCCCCCGACGCAGCGACCGGCGAGUGCACGGGCGAUUACAUCGACGUCGCCGGAACCAAGUUUUGCGGGACGUUCCAGAACCGCCUCCUAACCUUUGACUUCCAAAGCCAAACAUUCGCGAUCACCUUUCAUUCUGACGCUGUUGGAUCAAACAGAGGAUUUAAGCUCGACGUGACCCAGACCGCCACGGGGUGCAGCGGGGGCGUCGGGCCCGUUCAGCCCCCCAUCCCCCCCGGGCUGUGCGACGCCGUGACGGAGCAGGUCGGCUUCUUGCUGCUCAGCCCCGGCUACCCGACGCGCUACCCGACUUCCACCGACUGCACAACCACGGUUCUCAAGGCCGCGCCCGACGUUCGCAGCCUGGUGUUGCAGCUGGUAGACUUCGAGAUGGCGCCGUCGCUGGGCUGCUCCGAGGACUACUUCGAGGCGGCGGGCGAGCGGCUGUGCGGGCUCCUCACCGGCCAGACACGUACUAUACAGUUCACGGGCAGCUCGAUCACUCUACGCUUCCACUCGGGUCCCUUUUCAAGUGGAGGGCGUGGCUACCGCAUUCGCAUCGGCCAGAGCACUUCCACAAACCCCAUCACGCCGGGCAGCUGCGGGGGCGUCGUCGACACCUCCAGCGCCACGAUCCAGUCACCAGACUACCCUACACCAUAUCGACCCAGCAUCGACUGCGUCUUCACCGUCCUCAAGUCUAACCCAGAAGUCUGCCAACUUUAUAUCAGGAUUCUAGAUUUCGAAAUGGAAGACAGUGCUCAGUGUACAAAAGAUUUCCUGCAGAUCGGUGCGCAGGAGAGACUGUGCGGACAUCGUUAUCCAGAUGAGACGCGUCGAUACCAUUUUACAGACAACCAUUUGGAUAUUGUCUUCCACUCGGAUGGUUUUGGCUCUGGUCGCGGUUUCAGAAUUGAGAUACGGCAGCACAUGUGCGGCUACUUCAAGCCCACGUACCCUCAUUACCCAUCCCACCGGCCAACUUACCAUCAGCCAACCCAACGCCCACAGAAAAGGCCUCCUUUCCUUUGGCCAUUCAAGCCUUUCCAGAAACCCAUAUUCAUUAACUGGUGGAGAUUCCAGCCGUUCUCAAGACCCAAUUACUAUGCUAGGCAGAGGUACACUAACAAACCUACUGGUAGCACUUUGUACAGUAAACCUCAAAGCACAAGUUAUGGGCACAGCAGUACAAGCUACAGACAGCCAAAUACGAGCUAUGGACCACCAAGCACGACUCCUAGCCCAUAUUUCCCUCCUUCCGUGACCCCUCCGGUCACUGUGUACCCAACGACUCCCAGGCCCACCUUCCCAACUCUCCCAACCACAGUGCCAACUCUGCCCACCGUCACUCCUGUGUUGCUGCUCCAUCCUGGGGACGUUCUGAGGCCACUUGCAGCUGCCCAGCCUCUCAACGAGACCCGUUCGGGACCCCCGAAGGGCGAGGAAGACGCAGAGGAAAUUAAUACACAAAGCCCCUCUCGCCUGCCCAGCGCCAAGCAUCCAGGAGGAUCCCAUGAGGGUCCAUGCGGCGGGACGCACCGCACCAAGAGCUUCAGGAUUCAGAGUCCGGGGUACCCUGCCCCCUACUACACAGACAUGCUCUGCGUCUAUAAGAUUUACAAGCACGACCCAGACGUUUGUGGAGUGGAACUCGUGAUGGACCAGUUCGACGUUGAGGAGAGCCAGUCAUGUUCCGAAGCUCGGCUGGUAGUAGCAGGUCGCCGCUACUGCGGUCGCAUCAAGUCCGGAGCUCACGGGGUCUUGCCAUUCCCCGCCGAAGGACCAAUCACCAUGGAGUUCUUAGCAGGCCGCUACCACAGCGGCGCUGGCUUCACUCUGCGAGGGCGGCAGAUCCCCUGUGGGAAGGACUCAGCAACGCCAGAGGAGUCUGAGCCGGAGCCCUUGACGCUCAAGGAGUUUUUGGAAGACCCCUCAGCCUCUGAGGGCUUGGUUCUGCCCUGGGUGGGGCCGGGGGGGAGGGGCCGCCCAGCCCCGCACGAGCGGAGGGGCUAGACUUCAUCCUUGGGAGACGGAAAGGAACAAACGGGAAGGGCGACAGGAGAAGGAAGGGGGGGGGGAGCGAAAUGGGAUUCUCUCUGAAAAUUCGCUCUUCUGCCAGUGGGUGCUA